CUGUCUUAUCCCGGAUUUUUUUUAUCUUAAGCUCAUUUUAGGCCAGGAUCUGCUGACGUGGCUCCGUGUAGGCUGGGAUUGUGGUUUCUUUUUAACAGGGGACGCUGGUGGGGAAUUAUUUUAGGGUUCGACGACGGGAGAGAGCGACGGCGGAAGGCGACAGAGAGAGAGCGAGGGCGAGUUCGAUCCAGACCAAGGCGACGGAGAGAGAGCGACGGCGGAGGCGAUGUCGUCCUUCUCGAUUGGAUCCUCCUGUUCACGCGGCGAGGGGAUUCGACGGAGAGGCGCUGCAGCUAGGUCGCCGGUGCCGUAUCGUGAGCAGCCGAUGGAUUAUGAGUCUGCUGUUUUCUGCAGUCAUUGCGGGAGGAAGGCGCCUAGGUGGAUUUCAUGGAGUGUGGCGAAUCCUGGAAGGAGAUAUUAUGCUUGCGUCGAAUCUAAGCAUGGUUUCCUACAAUGGCACGACGGCCCAACAUCUCCAUUCCUACGUGUAUUGUUGGGAGACCUUCGAGAUAGGGUAUGGAGUCUUGAGGAUGAUGUAGCAGCAUUGUGUGGAGAUGGAGAUGCAAGUGCUGGUGCUGGUGCAGUGCAGGAGGCAGUGCAAGAGAGAACUGCAGGUGUUGGUGCUGAUGGUGUUUCAGUUAGGAUGAUGGUUUGUGGAAUUGUGCUAUUUGUAUCAGGUUUAGUUGUAGGGAUGAUCAUAUCCUAGUUCCUUUGCUAGUAAUGGAUGUGAGGCAGUGUACUGUAUUUUGUGAAGUUUGUACCAUGAUGUGAGGCAAUGUACAAUGUACUGAAUUUUUAACAGUAUGUGCUGGAUUCUGUUAUGAAAUUUUGGUCAGUUUU